UUUGACGUCAUUCAGAAAUAGCUUGCUGCAGGGAAGCGAUUGCGAUCUCGUAGCUGUUGAGUUGUUAAAAUCCAGAGAAAUCGCGGCCCCUCGUAUUGAAUCCGUUUAAAAUACUGAUGUAUUAAAUGCUGGAAAUAUAUAUUUCAUUAAAGCCGUCAUUUGUACGUUAAUGUGUAUUAUAAAAUCAUAGUUUUUGUCACCCACAAGGGGAUACUACAUUCGGACGACCGAUCUCUGGACGAAAUGAGUCUCCUGUACUAUAAAGUCUAAUUUUGUCUCCAGUACUGCGCAAAAUGCGAGAAAGGAGCAAGUAGUUGCUUACUGAUCGCGGAUUAAGUGAUCGUCACUGUUCCUUUUGAGUGCAAUGAGAUCGCAGUCGAUGAGCAGUUAGGGUUAAGAAGGGCGUUCAUGAAACCAAAAUGGUGGAUUGAAUGGCGUAUCUUUGGUGCUGUGUGUGAAUGGUGGUGAACAAAGGUUGUGUGAAGUCGACCAAGGAUGCGAGGAUCAGAUGGGCGGCCGAAGACGAAGGCCCGAAGUCCGGAGGACGAUCAUCAAAGCAAACCUCGCCAUUCUUCGCAGGGCGCACAUCGGAAACACAAGAAGAGUCACAAGUCUCAUCGGCGGAAGCAUGCCAGGGAGGUGCCUAUCGUCGCCACCAAGCCUUUAGUGGAGUAUGACGAUGUUAGUUCGGACUCGUCCUUUUUCACGGACGAAGCGGAGCUGUCCUACCCGACAACUCCUCCCCCGUCCUCAAGUCGGAAUACCUCACAGAGGACGUCGGAGAAAACGCGACGGCGACGCCGAAACAAAUCGAACGACGUGAAAGAAACGCGAUCGAAUCGGCGACAGUCUCCACCCUCCUCGAGGUCUCGGGAUUAUUCGUGUAAUGUGCAGUACUAUGAGCGUGAUAUGGUCAAGGACUACACUAGUAGCAGGACCUAUAUGGGACCUUAUAGGGAUAACGUGUACGACAACUAUUAUGCCCAUUCCAUGCCUGACCAGCAUUCAGACUACUAUAGUCGGUCGAGUCGAAAGCUUUCACCUGACCACCCUCGUGCCUACAAAAGAACCCCUCCGAGUUCACCUAGUCCGCCUCCGAGGUCGUCCAAACGACGAAAGUCACCGUCGUCCGACUCCAGGGAAAAAGAUCGGCCUCGGAAUUACUCUCCCAACAAUUCUGCUAGUCUGUACUCAUCGAGAAAAGGUUACGCAUAUUCCAGGAGUCGUAGCAGAAGUCCUCUAAGACUCCGGAGGGCACGCAAGUCACGCAGUCGAUCCCGAAGUCCCCUCCCUCGUCCGUCAUCUCGCUCCCGAGGCCGCUCCAAAUCUCCCCUCUCCCCACCACCGGUGGCCUACCAGACGGCACGGCGGCGCUCGGAGCGAAGCCCAAGCCCAAAGUUUGCAUCCACCAGCCUUGGCGCGGAGCUCCGCAAGCACCGCAAGGGCCGCGAGCUCGAGAAGAGCCGGCAGCACGCGGCGGCCUCGCGGAAGCACCAUGCCACACCUGCGCCACCUGUCCCACCCAAUCCGAAUGGGGACUCUGUGCCACAAAUACCCCCUCCACCACCACCACUCCCACCAUCGGAGCCACCACCACCACCUCCUGAGGUAGUGCCUCCCCCGCCCCCAAUGCCAGAUCCACCAGCCAAACCGGACGUGGUGGUACAAACACCGCCAUCGUAUGUCUCCACUCCCUGCACACCAGAAGAGCCAGAUAGCAAUGGGGUACGUGAGCCUGUAGAUGAAGCUGGCAGCAGCCACUCAACUCCAGAGAAACGUCCCCCAACACCCCCUGUUCCCCACAGGAAAAGCAUCAAAGAACUACCCAUGCCUCCAGGAAUGAAAGUAGAGGAUGUGAUGUCACCGGAACUUGUGGACAGGGACGAGGGUUCACCCCUUCCUCCCACUCUGACAGCCCACCAGGUUGUGCCUCCAGCCACACAGAUGCAGGUCUUCAGACGCCCCAGGAUAUUGAACAAGCCCCCUUCGGAUGAUGACCGUUUCCCAAACUGGGGUGAACGUUGUGUGGAUGUCUUUGACAUUGUCUGCCAGAUCGGAGAAGGCACGUACGGACAAGUGUACAAGGCCAAAGAUAAGGACACUGGUGAACUGGUAGCGCUCAAGAAAGUGCGAUUAGAAAACGAAAAGGAGGGAUUCCCAAUCACAGCCGUUCGAGAGAUCAAGAUCCUGCGCCAACUGAACCAUUCAAGCAUCGUCAACCUCAAAGAGAUUGUGACGGACAAGCAAGACGCGCUCGACUUCAAGAAAGACAAAGGUGCCUUUUAUCUGGUAUUUGAAUACAUGGACCACGACCUAAUGGGUCUGCUGGAAUCUGGACUAGUGGAGUUCAAUCAACUCCACAUUGCCUCUUUCAUGAAGCAGCUCCUAGAGGGUCUCAACUAUUGCCAUCGCAAGAACUUUCUCCACAGGGACAUCAAGUGUUCCAACAUACUCAUGAACAACAGGGGCCAAAUUAAGUUGGCAGACUUUGGUCUGGCCCGACUGUACAGUGCGGAAGACAAGUCCCGACCGUAUACCAACAAGGUGAUAACGCUCUGGUAUCGACCUCCAGAGUUGCUGCUGGGUGAAGAGAGAUACGGACCUGCAAUCGAUGUCUGGAGCUGCGGAUGCAUCCUUGGAGAACUGUUCACGCGCAAACCGGUGUUCCAGGCCAAUCAGGAAAUGGCCCAAUUGGAGUCUAUCAGCCGCGUGUGCGGCACUCCGUGUCCAGCUGUCUGGCCAAGGGUGAUCCAGUUGCCCCACUGGGGAACCUUUCGUCCCAAGAAGCAGCACCGACGAAGGUUACGGGAGGAAUUCUCGUUCCUCCCGUCUCCAGCUUUGGACUUGCUCGAUCAGAUGCUGGAGCUGGACCCCGAUCGGCGUGUGACAGCUGAGGCGGCACUACGCUCUCCGUGGCUGGCACCAGUGCGUCCAGAUCGCCUGCCACCGCCAGACCUUCCCCACUGGCAAGACUGCCACGAAAUGUGGUCUAAACGGCGGCGGCGCCAACUUCGGCAGGAACAGGACAUGGCCGUGGCCACGGCGGGUCCCCCACAGGCCCAAUUGAGUCAGCAGGAACAGUGGUCAGGAAGCAGUUCCCGGGAUGGUGGAGACAGCCUCGGUCGUGCCCAGCCACCACCACCCAGUGAAGCUACCGUGGAGCCACAGAAGGAGAGCGGCGUUAACAGCCAACAGCUCCAGACGAAUCUCAAUGCCAUCACGUCUGCCUUUCAGAAGCACGAGUCAUUGAGCAUUGCCCAACUUGCGAACCUGCUCAACAUUAAGGUUGACACGACGACGCGGCAGCUACUGGAGAACCUGAACAUGCAGCUGCUCCUAGCAGCAGCGGCCAAACAGGCGCAAAAGGUGCAGAUGGCAAGCCACCAACAGAAGCAACAACCGAGUGAAGCGCCCUCUAGCAGAACUCCCCCACGGAAGGCAGACGUGUCUCCACCUAAACGGAUCCACAAACCACACCACCUUCUGCCGACACCACAGCCAUCACAACCUGCAGCACCCAUUUCAGAUGUUCAACGUCUGCCAAGUCCCGCAACUUUAGUCCGGGCGACCCAAGACACUGGACGUCUCCCUACCCCACGCAAACCAGAUCCACCUGUUGCAAAUCCUCCUUCCACUUACCGUGGCAUCCCCACAGUGUCGUCUGUUCCAACCCAUCACCUUCCGACGUCUCCUAAAGUUGACGGGGCUUCCGUCGGGUCUCAGAGCUACACGACGACUGGUGUAAAAGCUGCGUUGGCACAGCUUCUGGAAGCUCAGGGCUUUCGCGUCCGAAAACCAGGUAUAGAACCCAGCGGAGAUGAGGCAGCCUACUCGGAACAACGUCCCACCAUGGACCAGUUGAUGGAGGACCAUAAUUAUGCUCCUUACCCCGAUCGGCGGGCCCCCAAAGUCUCUCUGCUCGGAAGUCCGCCACACAGCACACCCAAGAGGGUGACGCUUCUAAAAACGCCACCUGUAAGUUCUGACAGCACAGAAAAUUUCAGUUAUGGAGCAAGCGGGGAAGCGUAUGGGACGGGGGCAUCGUAUAUGGCACAGUUUGCGGAGGGGCAAAGGUUCAGGGAUCAGUAUUCAGAGUCGUAUGGGGAUACGUUCCGGGGACAACCCGUCUUUAGAGGGAAAGGUAGGCCACAUUAAACAUCCUAUCUUGGGACUGAACAGUGUGAUAUAUGUACAAAAGUGGUGGUGUGUAUCAAAGGACAAAUUUUUGUUUUACAUUGGGGUAGACCUUA